UUGAUAUUCUAAAAUUGAAAAAUUGAAUUACUCCUACCUUUCUUUGUCGGUUCUACUAGUUUGCUAGUCCGGGUUUUACAAUUGCAAAUACCCGCCGACCAAAGACUGCAAUGUUGCACCUGCUUGUGGACAAGGCUUUCAUUGUUCAAGAAACGCUCGAUGAAAAACACCAGCAGUUGUCUGAACUGAAGGAGAAGCAAGUGAUAUGGAGGCCACUUUGAGUUGCUGAAAUCCAAACAAGAUGAGAAUUCGAAGGGCUGAAGAAAAGCGUGAAACGUUUCUGGUAACGAAAGCCACGGAGGGGCCGAGUGGAAUCGAAGAAUUGACAAUACCGGAGAAACUAUGCCGUUUCUACGUUGAAAGACCAAAAUUGGCAUUCGGAAUCACACUGAGCAUCCAACUAAGCACGGUUUUGGCAACUGCUAUACUCUAUCUCAUUGGGUACGACAUCCUGCCUUAUGAUUUUGGAAAGGUGCCGUUAAAUUUGGAAAAAGAUGCCACUAAAUUAAGAGCUGAUGCAUUCAAUUUUGUCAGCCAAGAUACAAGAAUUAACCUUCUUCCGACAACAAUACUUGGCCAACCUGAACGAUCUUUGAGAUAUUCACCGAUCGAGCUGUUUUUUAGCCUCAAGGAAAAGAAUGUACUUACUGCAAAGAAUCUUAAGGAUAUUGAUAAUACAGAGAAAAGAUUGUAUAAUGAUGAAAUAUUUCAAAAGAAGAUUUGUAACCUGAAUUAUGUCACAGGAAACUGCAGCUUGCCUUUAUCGAUCAUUAGACUCUUUGAUGGAACAUAUAGAAAAUUGAACCCAGAUUUAUUUGAUCCAGAAUUUAGAAAUAUUGAAAAAGUGCUGAGAGUUGCUAACAACAUAAGUAUCACACGGGCCUUAGUUGCAUUCAGCCUUGAUAUACAUUCUGUUAUUAACAACGACAUUGUUCGUGCUGGUUGUGUUCGCUCAGUGAUAUUCAACGGAUUUCCCUUGAAAGGUUACAGGCAUGCAGAAGAUAGAAAGGAUGAGCAGACAGAGGAACUUAACAAAUACACCCAAAAGGCAUUUGCUGAUACGCUUAAAAAUAUGUACAAAGAUGGCGUUGGUAGUAUGGAUCUGUAUUAUAACAACUUGGCUCUGUUUUUUGAUGCUAUCGACAAACAAGUAAUUUAUGAUUUACUGUUAGCUGCUGGCAGCUUUCUGUUCAUUUUUUGCUUUAUUUGGGUAAAUACCGGCUCAUUGUGGAUUACAAGCUGGGCUCUUUUGGGCAUUCUCACAAAUUUCUUCGGCGCCAACCUCGUCUACCGCGUCCUACUUGAUUUUCGUUACAUUGGCAUAUUCCAUGUUUUAUCUGUGUUCAUCAUUCUCGGCAUUGGUGCGGACGAUGUAUUUGUGUUUUUCAACACAUGGAAAUUGAUGGAACAGCGCAAAUACCCGAAUCUCAUCAUCCAUCUAACAGAAACAUUUCGAUGCGCUGCAAGUGCUAUGUUUGUGACGUCAUUGACAACAAUGGCUGCUUUUCUCGCAAGUGCAGCAUCACCGCUUCUUGCAGUGUCUUCUUUUGGAGUUUUUUCAGGUAUCUUGGUACUUGUCAACUACAUAUCUAUCUGUAUAUUCUUCCCGAGUGUCGUGGUAACAUACCAUUACUUCUGGCAAGAUUGCAAAGUAAAUUGCAGAAAAGAGAAGCAAGAAAACUUGAAAAACAAAAUUCAUCAAGCCAAGCCCAUUGGUGAGUUAUUUAAGAUCGUAGUCAAUUGGUUUGAAGGUCCAUAUGUGGAUUACGUCAUCCUGCAUCCCAUUGUGCGCUGGAUUGUUUUGGCCUUCUUCGUGGUUACCAGCGUCGUCUUCAUGUCAUUUGCUGUACAACUAAGACCAGAUGAAGAGCAGGUACAAGUAUGGAAGCCUGGGACCAAUUGGCAUGACAUACGUCACAUACGGAUGAAUAAUUUCAAAGAAUCUGGGGAAGGGAGUAACGUGAUUCGCGUGUAUUUGAUCUGGGGAUUGGGGUUGCAAGACAGACGCAAGUGUCACUUUACAGAUUACAAAUGCAGAGGAGAGACGAUAUUUGACGAAGAUUUCGAUCUAAAUGCGCCAAAUUGUCAGCUUUCUGUGCUGGAGUUCUGCAAACGCCUAAAGUCUCUCACUCCUGAAGAGGCAGAGAAGCUGAAAAUACGGAGAAGUGUCGCAACUGGUGAGCUUGAAGUCUCAUGCUUCAUGGAGAAGAUGCAAUCAUUUCUAAAGUCUGAAACCAAAGCACGCAAGUUUUCAAACGAAGCAAACAUUUCUCUACCGAUAGACGAACGAAAAGCGAAAAUUAUUAUGCAGACAAGGCCUAUCGUUUACAACGAGACGAUGCUUAGUGGUGAAUACAAGCGUUUCUUCGAAGUUGGCCUUGGUUACUGGCUUUCAAACGGUGGAAAUCCAAACCCAGGUUACAAUUAUUUCGUUUACGGCAAUUGGAUUGGAGGGUCUUUGGAUCCAACAGCCAUGCCCUACCUAGCAAACCCAAGAUCGAAAUUGACUGCAAUGGCGCAAGGAGGACGAUUUGGAAAUCGUUUGCGGUAUGCUGCCGUUGUUGUAAACACAUCUUUAACUGGAGCAACUAUGAAAUAUCAAGAAGGAAAUAUAGUUUACGAUAAUUGGGAAAAAUUUGUCAAUGAACAGACGGCCGACAUGCCACGUCACUGCAAAAAUAUGUUUCAAUGCACACCAGAAUGGAAUAAUUGGCACUGGUUGAAGGUGCAAUGGGUCCUACUUGUUGGUGCAGUGCAAGGUAUUAUCAUUGGAUUGGCUCUAGCUCUGCCUGUCCUUAUAUUCACAACCUGCAACUGGAUAAUUGGAUUGUUGGCAGCCCUUACAAUAUCAUUGAUUACAAAUGCUGUUGUCGGACUAAUACCACUUCUUGGCUGGAAACUGGGUGUUAUGGAAUCACUGAAUCUCACCCUAGUCGUUGGCCUUGCUGUCGACUAUUGUGUACAUCUAGCGGAUGGGUAUGUCCGCUCGAAGAAGACAAGACGCGUUGAUCGAUUGCGGGACAUGCUGAGGACCGUUGGUGUAUCGGUGUUGUCCGGAGCUUGCACAACACUGGGAGCGUCUGCAUUUAUGCUUGGCUCUCAGAUAAUGUUUUUCUGUCAAUUUGGCAUAUUUAUGUUUUGCACAAUCGGAUUCUCUAUAAUAUUUGCAUUGGGUUUCUUUACUGUUGCCAUUGGUUUCAUUGGUCCAGAAGGUGAUAGAGGCUCUCUAAAGCACUGCUUCACGUGCUUUUUUCCAAGACGCAGUGAAGGAGAAAACCGGAAUGAGUUUUCAGUUCAGGAGUUCUGUGACGUCAAAUCAGGAUGCAGCGCAUCAAAGGACAACAUUGAACGUACCUUGCCAGGACAGUUGGAGAAUCUGUACACGCCAACAAUUAUUCAUGAUGGAGACCGGGUAAAAUUCAAAGUUCCUAGAAAGACAGAAAUAAAAGAAGAAUUGAACUAGGUAUUUCAAGUGAAAUAUCAUUAGAUAUAUCUAAUAUCUAGAAUUUGAGAAAAGCUCAGCUAGAUUUUAGGGUAACAUAGUUGACAAGAGGCAGGUCAUAGAUCAUAAAGUUUACUUGCCAUUAGCCAUAGUAAAUCAAAGAUCAUUGUGCUUAGCCAUUAUUAGAAAAUGCCUCAAAGUUGAAUAAUUGUGUGGUUGUAGGCAUUAUGUGGACAAGGCACUUUUGCUGGAAAAUUUGAAAAUCAUGUACAAAUUUUUUAUUUAUCAGUUUGGUCUCACAAAAAUCUGACUACCUUGAGCUCAUCUAUGCUGCAAAUUCGAAUAUUCAGACUUCAUAUUUAAUAGACUGAACAAGGUCUUUAAAAAUUGAUAAUUAAAAGUGUAAUAGAAUAGGUAGGUAGGCUCAUACAUGAAUAAAGAAUAUGCUUAGCACAAAACACCUCUGGCAGGUUGAGUGAGAUUUAUAUAAGUGGUACUUCGAUCAGCACCUAUUCUACCGCUAAGAUUUCUAGGUAGCAAUUAGACUUAAAGGUAAUUAGAGGGAAUCCGUCUCAGAUUAACAAACACAUUUCAUUCGCGCAACAACAUCAAGAGUACUUUGCUAUUAAAGCUCCACUUAUUUUGUAUUUAUUACUGAAAUUCCUUUACAAUAAUAGGAAGUACUAGACUAGAGUGUGUUCGCUAUUCUACCACGAAAUUUAAAAAUUCCUCAAGACAUCACUAUUUGAAGGCAAGAGGAUUUUAGACAUACUGAAAACCUUAGAUAUCAGGCUGAAGGCAUCCCAUUUCAAAAACACCCCCCCCCCCCACCCCCACUAAAUUACUAUUAAAGAACUGAUCCCACAGAAACCUUUGAUUUCAAUGUAACUGCCAUAGUGUCCCAUAUUAUCUAGGCAUUGUUUGCUGUAUGUUGUAAUGGUGGCUUGUUACCUAAACCCUGAAAAUCGAGGUAGAGGGCUUUCGUUAACUAAAUAUUCUGAUGAUAAUCCAUAGAUAGUGCCAGAAUAGGAUUCAAGGUAAGUCAUACCAAUGAAACUUUCCCCGAAGAGCAACUAUUUUUUCAAAAAUUUUGCUCUGAGCCCUUGUGUACCUGGUAAUGUUUCUUCCGGACUCCAUUCAUACGUAACUCAGCUAGUUUAGCCAAAAUGGACCGUUUUGGAAACGUAGGCCAAACUUUGAUCCCCUUGGAAUGUUUUGCUUUAUAUCCCACAACUUUAUAAAUGGGUUAAGUUAGAAAUGUGAUAUAUGUGUAUGCCAAUUUUGGAACAGAAAAAAACUAUAUGAGAAUUGGAGCCAAGAAAAGAAUAAAUUGCACUAUUGUUGAACUCAAACGCAAUUUCGGGAAUCUUUGCUUGACACCAAAGUUACGAAUAUUUACUUUCACAGAAUCGCAUUGUUUAAGGCUUUAAGAUAGUUCCAGAUUGCAAAAUUCUUCUGCGAAAAUUCUUGUAGGAAAUUGGCAUAGCUCGCUGGGUAUGGAGAAGAAUUUAUUCAAAACGCUCCUGUGUUAAUUGGCUUUGAAGAUUUGUCUUGCGAUAGGUAGUCUUGGAAAAUAAUUGUGGAUGGGGGUAGUUGUAGAUUAUUUGGUAAUUUGUGAAAUACAAUUAUUGCAAAGUUUAGCAAAAAUAUGUAGAAUUUUUUGGAGUGCAGAUAUAAUCAUAUUGCUUUAUUUAUUAUUGAUAAUUGAACUUUUUUCAAUUUGAAUGUGCAAAAUUUUAAAAGAGUUGUUUUUCUUAAUAAUUUUUGGUUUUGUAUUAAUUAAUUUGCAUUUUGAAUUGUAAAUUGCAUUAAAGUCUUGAAAAUGACAGUCUAACUUAUA